UAUCGAUAUUUUGAUAUAUUAACAACCGUACGAUACACCCUGUAACCGGGUGCCCACAGUCAGCUGUUAUUGUUUUCCGACAAACUAAUGAGUGGGGUGCGCCCUAAUCUAAUCUAAACUGUUUCCGUACACGCUGCUUGGAUCAUCACAAAAACUACUCCUUAACACCCGUGCCGCUGGCCUAAUCGAUGUUCCUUAUGCCUGCCGGCUCCGGCGAUAUUGUGUCUUCAGACCGGAGAGUGGAGCACGAAGAGGCCAUUUUGGCGAAGAGAGCUCUCUGCUGCUGUGAGUACGUCGCGGAGAAGGAUCAACAGCGUUCCCACCUGCUGGGAUGCUGUUGUAACUGCGAGGAUUUUGACUUGGUGUGCACAAGACUUGUCACCUGCCGGCCCAUUGAUCGAAGGAAUAUAAACGGCAUGCUGAUCGCCUUCCAGGACCGUCUGCGUCUGCCUUGGCGCGGGGGGGCCAAGCGAAUUUCACCGGCAGCUGUGGCCCCGGCGUUCAUUGUCCCCCUAAUGCUGGGCUUGGCCACGCUCAAUUCCAAGACCGCAGUGGUGCUUAUGCUCACUCUUGUGGGCUUCACCGGGUGGGGCAUGCAGGUGGCCAAGCGGACGGCCACGCGGACUAACUUCUUCCUUAGCUGGGUGGUCUUCUCCGUGGUCUACAUGAUCAUCAUCUUUGAGUUCCAAGUGCCACUGCUGGAGCUGUCACCCGAGGAGAAUUACGCCCUGAUGUUCUUCUCGUGCGCUGCCCUAUACUGUCUCUACUCGACCAAAGCUCUCUCCUCGUUGAAUCUAGUCUCUGCCCAAUAUGGCACUACGCCCAAGGAUGAGCUGCCUGGAAUCGCGGAGGCUUCUAGCGGGGAGGAACAGGCGGAGGCGCAGAUAACUCUUCAAAUGGAUAGUGUUCUUGAUGUAGAUGAGAUGGUGGAUGAUUCUUCGGAGAGGGUAGACCUGAUGCACGGACAGCCCAACAUCUGCGAGAGCUGCCGGAAAGUAACUCCCAGGAGGGCCUACCACUGUCCCAUCUGCGGCACCUGUGUGAAGAGGCGGGAUCACCACAGCUACUGGCUCAAUUGCUGCAUCGGUGAACGGAACUAUGUGUGGUACAUCUGUGGGCUGAUAUUGUCCGAGAUUGCACUGCUGCUGGGCGCCAACCUUACCCUCACCUCGAUAUGCCAUCCCUUUAUGGUGGUGCGGCCCUUGGGCUAUCCUGUCUUGUUGCCCGACGACUGCAGCGAGGUGUUCGAGAGCUUUGAACUCGGCAUAUCCUUUGUGGUGGCCUGCUAUGCCCUGCUUAUCUCCGGCUACAUCGCCUUUAUCCUAGCCCGACAGGCAUACUUGUGGUGGAAGGGCUCCACCCUGCACGAAUACAAACGCUCGACGCACGCCGCUGGCCGGGGCAACCGCAUCUGGAGCCUCUGGCGAGCCAUAAUAAAGUGAGCCCUGCCUGGCAUUAAUAAUAUUAAAAAAAAGCAUAAGCACAAACAAGCUUAAUACUAUAAAGUAUUUCACUCUCAACGCUGUUCUUAGUAGUUGUACUUAGUCGUAGCGCUUUAAGGUCCUUAAAAGCCAUUUUAAAAUUUAUUACAAACUAAUAUUAUGAAACCAAAACAAAACGUGGAACGAAUAAAACCAAAAUUAAACUAUA